AACCAAAAAGAAAGAAAAGUAAUAAAAACAAAAAAUAAAAGCCAGCGAAGAACAAUCCGAAGAAGAGCGAAGCUAAAACAAAAAGCAGGAAGAAGCGGCAGGAAGGAAACGGGAUAAAAAAGGAAGGAAGCACCCACACUCACACACACACACACGCACCUACAAUGGCCGUGCCCUUUUUUCUGCCCGAGGGCGGCACCGAUGACGUAGCCUCCAGCUCAUCGGGUGCCUCGGGCAACUCCUCCCCACACAACCACCCGCACAGCCACCCACACGCCCACAACCACAGCCAUCCCCCGCUUUCUGCGCACUCCUCGAGCGCAUCCUCCUCGUCGUCGUCGUCGGGAGUGUCCUCCGCCUCCUCCUCAUCAUCAUCCGCUUCGUCCUCUUCAUCCGCCUCGUCGGACGGCGCCAGCAGCGUCGCCUCGCAGUCCCCAAACACCACAUCCUCGGCCACGCAGACGCCGAUGCAGUCGCCAGUGCCCACUGACCAGGUGCUCUAUGCCCUCUGCGAGUGGGUCAGGAUCUAUCAGAGCCAGCAGAGUGCCCCUCAAAUCUUCCAGUAUCCGCCACCGCAGAGCCCCUCCUGCAAUUACACCGGCGGCGAUGUAUUCUUUCCCCACGGCCAUCCGAAUCCACAUCCGCGCACUCCCCGCACCAGCGUGAGCUUCUCCUCCGGCGAGGAGUACAACUUCUAUAGACAGCAACAGCAGCAGCAGCAGCAACAUUUGCCAUACCCGGCGCCAUCGACACCGCAACCGAUGCCACCACAGCCGCCACAGUCAGCGCCGGCGAUGCACUGCAGCCACAGCUAUCCACAGCAGUCGCCCCACCUGCUCCAUCCCGGCUAUGGGCCCUACUAUGCCACCUAUACGCCGCCGCCCACACCAAACACGGCCAGUGCCGGCACCUCGACCUCCUCGGCGGCCUUCGGGUGGCACAAUCAUGUCCAUAGUCCAUCGCUGGCGUCCACACCACUGGCGCCCAAGAUGCGUCUGCAGCGGAGCCAGUCUGAUGCGGCCAGACGCAAGCGAUUGACCUCGACGGGCGAGGAUGAGCGCGAAUAUCAGAGCGACCAUGAGGCAAGUUGGGAGUUUGAGUUUGAUGAUCGUUACGACAAUUUUACGGCCGGACGGGAGCGUUUACAGGAGUUCAAUGGACGUAUACCGCCCCGGAAGAAGAAGAACAGCCAUAGUCACAGUCACAGUCACAGCAGCAGCACAAAUAAUAAUGCCAACAAUAACAGCAAUAUUAAUAAUCAUCAAACGAUUAGCCAAAAUAUUAAUCAAGCCAGCAACACCUCCAAUAAUACGGAGAACAGCAGCAGCAGCAGCAGCAAUUGCAGUCACAGUCAGCAGCAGCGACAGGUGGAACGGGAGCGACAAAGGACACAGGCUGAAAAGAAGAGCUUCACCUGGCCCACCGUGGUGACUGUCUUCGUUUUGGCCAUGGGCUGUGGCUUUUUUGCGGCGCGAUGAAACCACCGCCAAGAAGGGAAAACAAAGUCGAAGACGAAUGUAAUCGAAUGAUCUAUAGUGAAUUCAGUAUGCCGAUUGAUCUAUAUAUACAUAUAUAUACUAAGAUUUAUAGCGAAACCCUAAAUAAGUGCAACGAAUUUAUUGAACAUCAGCAAAGUCAUUAAUUCGUAAAGCGAUUGUUAUAUAUACAUCAGAUAAAUAUGUGUGUGUGUGUAAAGUUAAGAAGGUUGACGGGACACAAGAACAAUAUAUGUAUUCUAUCUCUGUCUAUUUGCAUUUUGUAAGUAUAUAUAUAUAUAUAUAUACAUCUGAAACGAUAAUGAAACAGUGCUUUCCUCAAAGUAAACAAUUCAAACUGCUCAAAGUAAAAUGAUGAAAACUCUUAGAGACUGGCAAAUGACUCAAAAAUCACACUUAUUUUUGUACAACCUUUUGAAAAAACGAUAGAAAUAUUUACAAACUAAAUUAACCAAGUACAAAAUAAGACAGAGAGAGAGAGAAAGAAAAACUACUGCCAAUUCUUGAGAUACUUUUGAUAAUCUUUGCUUUUUUAUGUUGCAUUUAAUCAUUUCCAAUUGCAUUUUCUUCAACCACAACAAAAAAAUUGUAUUUCUAAUUUAGAACAAAAUAAUACAUAAACAGCAAUUUCAAUGUCUUCGCAUUUGUAAUUUCGAAUUGCAAGCAAAACGAAAAAAGAAAAUAUAUUUUAAAUAUAUGUUUAACUAGUAGAAUUUUUGUAAAUGUAAGCCAAGCCCACAAAAAAAAAUCACACACUUAGCUUUAAUUGUUAAAACAAACAAG